AUGGUUUCAUCAUACAAAGCCGCCGAGGGGGGUUUCGCCGCCAAGACCCGCCAGUAUAUCACUCCAAACAACACCACCACCUCCCAGACUUACCAUAGGGCUGGCAUCACAUCUGCCCGUGAAAUGACUACCAAGGUUCUCGCCGAGGUGGGAGGUCGUGCCUGCACCAUUGACACUCUUGAUUUCCUUGAAGACAUUCUCGGCUCAAACGAUGAUGAGGUCGACUUAGCUUCGGAGGUCUAUAAGAGGUUGAAGGACGCCGGACACUACGACACGAACAUCAAGCUCUGGAAAGACUUUCCACUGGAGAUCUCGCAGGAGCAGGAGCUUUACGCGCCUUUCGUCAAUGCCGCCACUGCGAUAGGCGAUACACUUCGAACCCUAGGUCACGAACCGCGUACGAGUGUGCUGUGGACGGAUGGCGCGGAUAUAUCUCCUAUAUCCCCCAACCUAGCGGCCCCCAAGCUCCGCCCUGACAUCCUAGCCACAAUCGGACAGCGAAACCUGGACCAGGAGCAACAAGUAACCCCUCACUGGACUCGUGUUCACUCCCCGAUAGAAGUGAAGAAGAAAUCCGACGACGAUACUGUGGCGCCUGCCAUCGCACAGCUCGGGAACUAUAUGCGCAUGGUUCUCUCCGAACAAGUUAACCGUCGCUUCGUUCUUGGUCUGCUUUUCUGCGGGACGGAGCUUUCGGCGUGGAUGUGCGACAGGUCCGGUUUGGUGGGAAUGCAGCAUGCGUUCGACAUACACGAGUCUCCGCUCUUGUUUAUUCGGACCAUCAUGGCUUUCUAUCGAAUGGAUGCCUUGCGUAGUGGCUGGGACACCGAUAUGAAGCUGUUGCGAACGCGGAACAACCAGCUCGAAGCUGUUUGUACCUCGGAUCCGACCGUCCUUCCAGCCGACUUUGGCGGCGACAUCUACGAUACGAAGUGGCGAAUCACCGUUCGAUCGCAGGGGGGUGAAGUGGAGGUGUUUGAAACGGUGAAGGCCCUUAGCCUCGCGCGCUCGGCAGCUAUGUUCGGCAGCGGGAGUACGGUUUGGGACGUCUACAAUAUCAAGGAUACGGAAAAGUUAUAUGCGCUGAAGCGGCUGUGGCGCGAUGACAAAGCCGGCUUCGAAGCUGACAUGGUUCCAGGCGGCCUCGGCAAUUCUCCUGUCGUACAGAUUUUAUGGUCCCGGGAUGCUUAUCUGGAUGGUGGCAUCCGUGACGAGACUCUCGGCGCGAUUCGAGGACACACAACGGUCCAGGACGCCGCCACGAAAAUAGGAGAACAGCCCAAGCGGGGCAAGAGGAAGCGGAGCGACGCGAACUCCGCUGAUCAACGCGUUCACACCGCAAUCACAGACCAUACCAACUUUCAAACCGUAUCACCGUACAACCCAUGCAACCGUAUCCGGACAUACACCUUGAUGUUGACACGGGGUACUGAACUCAAGCGGUUCAAGAGCGUACCUGUGCUGCUGAACGCCAUGCGGGACGCCAUCCAAGGCCACAAAGACCUGUGGUUCCGUGGCGUUCUGCACAGGGACAUCAGCCCCGGCAACAUUCUGAUCACAUCGCAGGACGAGGCGGGCAGAGCGGGUUGUUUGAUUGAUCUUGAUCAUGGGAAGAAGUACGAGGACGACAUGAUCUCGGCCCCCACUCUACGGGGCGCAAUCUCUCAGAGGGCGGCCCUGCUCGUUGAAGAUAUGAAAAACGAUUUUAACAUUGAUUUCAAGGAGACGGACGCCAUGAAACUAUUAACUCGCUUUGGGCCCGGCGAUGCAUAUUGUUUCCUGAAAGCGGCGGCUCAAUUUUGGCCGACGGUGAUUCCAGACUUUAUCAUACCUGAGCUCGAGCCAGACGCGCGCUGGCCCGACGUGAAUGCCGAUACGGAAGAAGGAUUUGUACGCACGGGAACCAAGGCAUUUAUGAGUGCUGAAUUAUUGCUUCAAGGGCGGCCGUAUCAAAACGUCGGUCUACGUGCUGCUGGGCCCGUCAAGCAAGAUGUCAUACACGACAUCGAGUCCUUUUUCUGGGUUCUUAUCUAUAUGUGCCUCGUGCGCCGUGAUGAUGGUCACUUGCGCGACGAACUGCGGUCGGACCCCCCCCAAGGCGAUGCGUAUGCGAAGACUCUGCAUAACAUCGUCUACUGCCUGUUCGACACAUCGGAUGACGAGACACUACGCUCCAACAAGUCCGAACUGUUUGAGAACCCUGCAGACAUGGAAGACUACAUUAUUCGCUACUUUGACCCGAGCAUGGAAUGCUUGAAACCGUUCGUGCGGAAAUGGUGGAAGCUACUUGUCUUCUCGUAUCGGACCUACAACCCUUGGACGCCCGGCGUCAUACACUCGCAGGUUCUCCGACUUUUCAAUGAAGAGAUUGUGGCCUUCGGCAAACCGGUGACGCGUGCCGUGGCUGGCGCUCCUGAACCAUUCCACCCGAGCCCGGAGCGCCCGAAAGCAAAGCCCGCAAAGCCCGAAUCACCAACGUACCCUGUUGGAACAGGGUUCAGACUGGAUCCUGCGGCCUAUGCGAAAAGCAGCUCCGAGUCUGAAAGUCCUGCGCACAAGAAGGCGAAGUCGGAUAAUAAUUAGUUGCUGGUAGGCACGCGCAAUGAUCGCAUUGAACUGACGAUCUAUCGUUUCUGGUCUACAUCCGAGGUUGCCGCCGACGCUAUGAUGGAUUCCGCUCCGCGCUUCCCUCUCGUAGUGCUGUGCUCGUACGCUAUCGCAAUGCUAUCAUCCUAGGCCAGAUUUGAGCGGAUGUCGACGACGCCGGUUUGCUCUGUGGUACCACUGGAUCCCCCGACAUCCCCGUGUUAUCUACAAUCAUGCUUUCUUGGAUUUGUGUUCAUAGAUUGUUGUCGAUGUUUUUGUACUUUUCACGAAGCUAUUGACGAUCAC